AUGGCACAACCCAACCAACUCGUGGAACUUCCAAAAUUACCAAAGAGUCCGCAGCCCCCGCUGCCGGAGCUCGUCAUCUUUGAUGAACGCGGCGAUUUAUACUUGCACGUCGGCACCCCACCAGUGCCGCUCCGGGUAUGUUCAAGAUCGCUAGCCCGGGCCUGUCCAGUCUUCGCCAAAAUGCUCUACGGCGCAUGGAAGGAGUCCCGUCCACAAAUUGCAGACAAGAAGACAGAAACUGGAAGCGCCACCGAAGGCGAAGCAAGCGAAGGCGAAGCAGCUGAGAAGAAAAAGGCAAAAGACUGGAUCAUUGAGUUGCCAGAGGACGGGAUCGAGGAGGUGAAGCCGCUUCGAAAAGGUGCCGUUCAGUCUGGAAAUCAACAGGCUUCAUAA